CCCGUGUCUCUUCCCCAGGAGCUCCUGCUGGCAGCAGCAUUUGUCUCUGAUGCGCAGUACAACAGAAACAUUCCUUUUAAGACUUCCCCCGAGGCUGUCAGGCUUUAUUAUCUCUAUAACCACUGGUUUAUGCGAACGGCCACCUAUAUCUUCAUCUUUCUCAACCUCUCCCUGGCAGUGUUUGAAGAACCUGCUGUGUAUCCACUCCCUUUCCUGGCUACUUCUUUAGUGGAGGUGUUGUGCCUUCUGGUGUUCUUUGGCCGACUGAUGCAUUUUGCAAAAAUCACCCGUCGUAAUGUAUUUUGGAAGGAUACCAAGAACAUCUGCAUCAUGGUUGCAAUCCUGCUAUCUCUGACUGAUUUGGCCAUCUAUGGGGCCCUCAGGAUAUACAACAUAAAGAGUGUUCGAUGGUCCAGAAUAGUGAGGCCCAUCUUCCUGGUCAACUUUGCAGAGAGUCGCCAGAUACGAAGAGCCUUCCGCAGCAUCCGCAAUACACUGCCAGAGAUCACCUAUGUCUUCUUGCUCUUCAUGUUUAGCCUUCUCAUGUUCUCCCUCAUGGCUCUGAAGCUGUUUGGUGAGAGGAACCUCCAGACAGCAGAAGGCUUGCCAUAUUUUAGAGACUACCUAGAAAUUGUGUUUGACCUCUAUGUGUUGGUGACGACUGCAAACAGCCCGGACGUCAUGAUGCCAGCAUUUGACUUCAGCUCAUGGUAUGCCCUGUUCUUCAUUGCCUUUGUCAUCGUCAACACUUAUAUCUUCAUGUCACUCUUCCUGGCUGUUGUGUAUAACAAUUACAAAAAACACCUGAAGAAUGAGAUCCGUACGCUUGCUUACAUGAAGCGCCGCAAGAUGAUAGAGGCCUUCAACCUCCUGAAGGAAGAGGAGGGAACGCAGUUUGUGGUUAGAGAAGCACAGUGGAAGCAGCUUGUCAAGCUGGUGGCUCCUGAUAUCAGCAACUCCCACAGAGAGUUGCUGCUACGCAUCUCAGAUGAUGAGCAGAAGGGUUUCAUAGACAAGAAGUCCUUUGUACAGCUGGCAGAUCUGCUCAACAUCCAGGUGAUUACUCUGAAAAUACGCAGCCAUCCAUUGGGGCAGUGGAUGCCUCGUGUAUACAAAUCAGCUGUGAGUCAGUUCCUGCGCAGCGUGGUUAGGCACAGUGUUUAAAAUUGAGGAUGGUCAAAAAGAAGGGGAAAGAAGCUUUCUUGUUUAAAGGAGACUUCCUGUAUUUCAAUUUGUGCCUAUUGCCUCUUGUGCUUUCACUGGAUACCACUGAGAAGAGUCUGGCUCCAUCUUCUCUACACCCUCCCAUCAGGUAUUUAUACACAUUAAGACUCCCCCCCAACCUUUCUCCCCUUCAGGCUGAACAUCACCAGGUCUCUCAAUACUGUGUCAGAUUACUCUAUUCUUUAAUCAUUUUCGUGCUCCUUUGCUGUACUAGCUCCAGUAGGUUCCAGUCUUUCAUGCUGGGAAGCCCAGAUCCUGCCACAGCACUCAAACGAGGCCUUUAGCAUUCAUGACCUGUUCACAGCUCUUCUACCGAGGUAGCCCAGGAUGCUGUUGGACAGCUUUGCCACCAGGGUGCAUUGCUGGCUCAUGUUCUGCUUGUCGACCAAGACACCCCUCCCUCCAUGCACCACCAGCUAGGUGCUCUGCAGAGUUGCUUUUCAGUUCCUCCUGGCCUUCACCAGUAGCAGGACUUCACAUUUCUAUUUGAACAUGAUGAGGCUUCUCUCCAUUCACUUUCCCAGCUUAUUCAGUUCUAUCCAAUUGUAGCAUACCCAUCUCCUCUCAGUUUUAUUCAUGGAUUUCUUUCGCUUGUCCAGAUCUUCUGUUUGAUAAAUGCUGCUAGACUUGGUGGAAAUCCAGUUGUAAUAAAGAGAGAGAGCUUAACACUGAAAGUACUGACAGUGGUGUACCUUGAAGGCUGUGUAAUGUGCUAGACUUAAAAAGUAAAACUCAACUCCGCAGUAACUUCCCAAAAUGCAGACUUUGCAAAAGCUGAUGGGUAGUUGCCUAAAUUAUAAAGUCAGAGGGAGGAGGCAAAGAACUCCUGAAGUAACUAAUUUUUACCUUCUUGAGAGUGGUGAGCUGAGUAUGCUGUCUUU